AUGGCAGCGACCUUGCCACGGGCGUCGAGGCCUUCACAUGGGCCGCCCACAUCAGCAUUACCAGCUCUGCCGAUGCCAAGAACUCGAAAAAGCACAAAUGCCUUGCAAACGCCAACAGACAGACCGGAAGCUCCAAACACACCUAGAAGUGGAUUACGAAACCCGUCUUUAUCUAGCCUUCAGUCAUUGAGGAGUCCUGGAGUGAAUGCAGCUGGUAAGACCAUAAGGAAAACGAUUAGUAUCACUGCAUUUCCUCAGCCUCCUCGAGGGGGUGUUAGAACGACAAGUUUACCACCUAGUCCCUUAUCCGGAGUCGAGCCAGGAACCGCAACGUCAACCGGAGAGUCAAGUAGAAUGGAAUCUGCAGAAAUCAAUCCAUCUCACAAUGGUAGUGGGAACCUUCGAAAACGACCGAAAGCAAUGGCCAAUCCCAAUACACAGACCGCAAUUAGUGGAUCAACCCCGAGCUUGCUCAACGGAAGCGGAGACAGCAUUUCUAUAUCCAGCGGUGCCGGGGCUCGAGGAUCGGAUGGUUUAUUAAGCUUGCCCUCACCCCCUCAAAGUCGCAGCUCAUCUGCCCAGGAUUCAUAUUCGACGUCUGUAACAACCACUGAAGAAUUUGGAGAUGGGUUCAGAGGUCGAGAGGGCCCUGAUGAUGUCGAUAGACAGUCUUCAAAACCUACAGAAAUCAAAGGAAAUGUCAUCGUCAGCGUGCGUGUGCGCCCAGAUGCCAAUAGCCAAGGAGAUAAUAGCAAGGGUGAUGGAGAAUGGAUGGUAGAUGGAAGAAAGUCACUGGUGGCAUACCGUGGAAAGGAGGGUGGUAAUUAUUACUAUGACAACGUCUUUUCACAGCAUGAUAAUAACGCCAGGGUAUAUGACUCAUCCGCCAAAAGGCUCGUACGGCGAGUGAUGGAAGGAUAUCACGGCACCGUCUUUGCAUAUGGUAUGACAGGUACCGGAAAGACAUUCUCUAUGCAAGGAACAGGUGAUAUGCCUGGUGUUAUCCCACUUGCCAUCACCGACAUAUUUUCAUACAUCCGUGAAACUCCAUCGCGGGAGUUUCUCCUCAGGGUCAGUUACUUGGAGAUAUACAACGAGAAGAUUCAUGACCUAUUGAGUGCUUCUACGGCCCCUGCAAUAGGUCCAGGAGCUGCUCAAUCCGAAGAAAUCAAACUUCGAGAAGAUAGCAAGAGAGGCGUUUAUGCCACACCCCUGAAAGAAGAGAUAGUGCAGUCUCCAACACAAUUACUUCGUGUCAUUGCACGGGGGGAUCUCGCACGAAGGACUUCUAGUACACAGUUCAAUGCUAGAAGUUCUCGAAGUCAUGCAGUCGUACAGAUCGUGGUUGAGUCUCGCGAGCGAAUUCCGGGAGGAGUAGCACUGAAUGACGACAAGCGAGCCGGCAUUGCUCCUGGUGGCGUGCGUGUUUCUACACUCAGUCUGAUUGAUUUGGCGGGUUCAGAGAGAGCCGCCGAAACGAAAGAAAGACGUACUGAGGGCUCCCAUAUCAACAAAAGUUUGUUGACUCUCGGAACUGUCAUUGCUCGAUUGUCGGGUAAUAAAGAUAAGGAUGGCAAACCUAUGGACAAAGACGGAAAGCAUUUACCAUAUCGCGAUAGCAAGCUUACAAGACUUCUUCAGGGCGCGCUUUCGGGAGACUCGCUCGUCAGUAUUCUGUGUACAAUAUCUGUUGGAUCUGGAGCCAGUGCCUCUGGUCCCAACAGCCACACCGGCGAGUCCUUAAACACUUUAAAGUUUGCUUCCAGGGCGGCAGCAAACAUUGUUAGUCAUGCUAAGAAGGCCGAGGAAGCAUUGGGUGCAGGUGGUGAUGGUGGCGCUAGAGUUCUAUUAGAAAAAUACCGCAUGGAAAUUUCGGACCUGCGGAAACAGUUAGAUGACCAGUCCAAAGCCAGAACUUACGAGGAGAACAAAACUGAAAAGGAAGAAGCGAAGGCACGUCAUGAGGAGCAACUGCUAGAAAUGCAACUGGCCCGAACGGCCCUCAAAGAAAGGAUUGAGCAUUUAAACAGGUUGAUACUCAGUUCCAAGUCGACUGGUGUUAAUACCAGUGGUACGUAUUCGUCUUUGAGUAUGCGACAUAGGUUAUCGACGGCAGCAUCAAACGGCCAUAUGUCCUCAUUGUCCAUGCGCUCGUCUAUGACUCCAUCUACCAUCACACUAGAUCGUACCAACUCGGUAUCUACCAUCGGUCGACAGCCACGUGCGCAACGAUUUUCUGGCACUACCUCAGGCGAUCAUACAUCAAUGGAAGAUGAAGACUCUGUGGGCGAAUAUGGCGAGGGUACUGCUUCACUGGCAGCGCAGAACCGAGCCUUACAAGCCGAUCUUGCAGACAAGAAUCGAUACUGCCAGACUUUAGAAAAGCGACUCCUACAAGCUCGACGCUCUAGUCAGUCAAGAACAUCGGCACAAUUCGGUAGCAAGUCGAGCAUAAUGGUCGGAGAGGACCAUGGGAUCUCCAAUCUAUUGAAAGAUAAGGAUUCUGAAAUCGCCGACUUACGAGCAAGACUUGAUGAUAAGGAUCGCAUGUUGGCGGCACUUCGCAGUUCUGCUCGGUCACGAGAUACCGCCGACCGUGAUCCUCGCCACACGCUGAAUAGUGCGCCUUUGAGCCCCGUCUCAGCAAGGGAGUCACAAUUGUUUGAGCCUAGUCUCGAACAUCUAGGAGGCUCGGUGAAGGUUCUCCCACCCACAGUCCUCCCCCCAACUCCUCUCAGAAAUUCAAAGAGUGUAGAUGAGAUGAGUAAGAUGCUAGACGAGAUGAUUCAAGAUCGAGUCGAAAAUGGUCAAUUGGUCAAAGGAGUUCGAGGAACUGUUCGACAUACGGGCGAGCGCAAACGAACGGUUUCAACCGAUCCAAUUCCUGGAAUUGAGCCUCUCAAAGGUCCACAUCCGAGUCACACCGCUCAACCACAUGAUUCUGGGGUUGUAGUAACGGAUUAUUUCAAAACCAGUGAAGAGGAAAUCUGUAGUUAA